AUGGCCAAGAAAAGGAAGGCGGGCGGUCGCCCUGCAAAGCAGAAUUCUGCUCAGGAGACUGAGCGCACAAAAUUUGCUUUCGAGGAAAGGUUCGAUGAUUCCGAGGAUGAGUUCCAAGCGGGCCGCGACCACAUUUUGCUGGAAGAAGCCCCGGAGGCAAAGAGACGGAGAAAAAUGGCAGAGCAAGAGGAAGCGCUUCAGCCGUCCGACGAGGAGAUCAUGGGUUACGAGUCUAUCGACGAAGACGACCUAGACGACGAGGAGGAUUACGAUGAAGAUGCUUAUGAAGAUGAGGAUGAGGAUUAUGAUGACAUGGGGAUGGGUUCUUCCAAAGCCAAAAAGUCCCGCCGUGGCGAUAGUCCUGGCUCGAAUGCUUCAGAAGAUGAGGAGGGCAUUGCGGCGUGGGGAACGUCCAAGAAGGAUCUUUACAACGCCGACCAAAUUGAGACCGAAGCUGAUGCUCUCGAAGAAGAGGCGGAAGCAAAGCGACUCCAACAGAAGCACCUACAAGCCAUAAACGAGGAAGACUUUGGCUUCGACGAAACGGAAUGGGUUGAAGCUGACAAGAAGGAAGACGCAGAAGAUGAGGCUGGUGUGGUAACGGAAGUUCUUCCGCAGGUGGAGAUUACGGACGAAAUGAGCACAGAAGAGAAGCUGAAAAUCCUAAAGACGCGAUAUCCUGAGUUUGAGCCGUUGGCGAAAGAUUUUAUCGAUCUUCAAGCAAAACAUGCCGAACUCGAAAAAGCUGCCAAAGCCGGGAAGGCGCCGGAAGACGAGGAAGCGAUGUUGGGACCAGCUCCGGCCCCCGUCAUCAAGUUUCGUGCUCUGUCGGCUUACCUGGGAGCGAUUAGCAUGUACUUCAUGCUCUUAUCGUCGUCUCAGGACGCAUCUGGAAAACCAUCUCCUCUGCCGCCCGCUCAACUACGAGCUCACCCAGUCAUGGGGUCAUUAGUCAAGUUCAGGAAGCUCUGGGAGACGGUCAAGGAUCUCUCCGUUCCCGAAAUCCCCAAGGAGGGUGCUACGAAGAAGCAAGAGAGCAAGCAGCACUCAGAUGCCCCUCUAUCGACAACCAAGGAGCAAAUCCAGAAGAGUAAGCAAGAGAAGGAGCCGAAAAAGAAGAAGAAGAACGAAAAGAAGCUAUCUAAAGCCCAGCGCGCAGCCGAGGCAGCACAAGCCGAAGCCGAAGCCCGCAGAGCAGAGAAGCUACGUGAGACGGAAGCGAACCUUGCAGACCUUUCGAAACUCGUCACAGAGCCUAUCAAAAAGCGCAAGAGCCAGAAAACCAAGUCGGCACGGGACGCCGAAGACUCUGACUUUGGUGAUGAGGACGCUCUUACCGCCAAGGAGGCCGAAGAAAAAGUCAAGCAGAAGCGCUCGCUGCGUUUCUACACCUCCCAGCUUGCACAGAAGGCCAACAAGCGCAGUGCAGCUGGCCGAGACGCUGGUGGUGAUGCGGAUCUGCCUUAUCGCGAGCGGUUGAAGGAUCGUCAAGCUCGCCUGAACGCUGAGGCCGAGAAGCGUGGUAAGCAAAGACCAGACAAGACGGAGCAGCUUGGCGGCGACAGUGAUGAAGAAGACCAUAGACUCUCCAAGGAGAUCAGGGGCAGCGGGGCCGGAACCGACGAUGACGAGUAUUACGAUAUGGUCGCAGCCCGCACCAAGCAGAAGAAGGACGAAAAGAAGGCCCGCGCAGAGGCUUAUGCGGCCGCAGCCCGCGAAGGCGGACGCGUGGAGAUUCAAGAGGAGGUUGGACCAGACGGCAAACGUGCCAUCACCUACCAGAUCGAGAAGAAUAAGGGUCUUGCGCCGAAGCGCAAUAAGGAUUCCCGCAACCCCCGUGUCAAGAAGAGAAAGAAGUUUGAAGAGAAGAAGAAGAAGCUUGGCAGUAUCCGCCAGAUUUACAAGGGAGGUGAAGGUCCUGGUGGGUACGGUGGUGAACUUACUGGUAUCAAGAAGAACCUGGUCAAGAGUGUCAAGCUAUAG